ACAGACAUCUGACGUUUAUGACGCUGCGAGGUGCUUGUUACCGAGUUAAGAAUAAAGGUGUUUUAGGUUUUUAUUGUAAUUUAUAUAGUUGUGGGAUUAGUGAAAAUGGCUGACAAUUAUGAAAGUAAUGGCUACAACAGCAGUGACUUCAAACGGAACUCUAACCAGAACUUCCAGGGUAAUGAUUCGGGAAUGGGCCAAGGCGGCGAAGAAUCGAAAUUGAACGAUAAAGCCGACGAAUACAUGAGAGAUCUUUUGGCCGAGAAAAUUAAACUCAACAAUGCUAAAUUCCCGAUCUCUUGCAAACUCAUUGAUCAAGAGGUUUCCAAAGUACAAACCACGGGAAAAAUUCCCGCAAAGGACUCGAAAUACAUGGAUGUGUUCCGUGAGAAACCAGCUAGGGUGGCUGUCAAAGUGCUUGUACCAGUAAAGGAAUUUCCCAAGUUUAACUUUAUUGGACAACUGCUGGGGCCUAAGGGCAACACCAUGAAACGUCUGCAAGAAGAGACCAUGUGUAAGAUGGCUGUGCUUGGACGGGGAUCCAUGAGGGACAGACAAAAGGAAGAAGAGCUAAGGAACUCCCUUGACCCUAAAUACGCUCAUCUGUCUGACGAGCUCCACGUGGAGAUAUCAGCCAUGGCCCCGCCAGCAGAGGCUCAUGCCAGGAUUGCACACGCGCUUGCUGAAGUCAAGAAGUAUCUGAUACCCGAUACAGACGGCAUGCUCCGACAAACACAAAUGCGGGAUCUUAUGGAGAGACCGCCACGUCUAGGCCCGCCCGGCAGGCCGCAGCGCAUGCCACCGCCGCCAAUGCCUAUGGGGCGCCAGAUGCCACCGAAGCCCAAGGUGGCCAGCAUACUGGACCGAGCUCGCACCGCCAUGGAGCCAUCUUAUUCUUACGAUGAUCCCUACGCUGCUGAGCCGAGUAGCGGCUACUCAUCCCGUGCGCCCCCGCGCGCUGCGGCAGAAUCGGACUACUUCUACGAGCGCAACGACCGUUACUACGAUGAAGAGCCGUACUACAAGGAGGCCCCACCUGCUAGGGAGUUCAAGCCUUCCGCCCGUGACGUCGGCACUCGUCGCUCGGGGCCUGUGCAACGUUCCCAGCAACACUUCGCCAGGCCGGGGCCCUACGGCCGUCCCAAGUAGCGUCCGCUAUUAAGACUUCAAGCAAAAGAAACUGACCUUAAGGUGAGUAAUAACAAUAAACAUUGUUCUGGAUCUAAUUUUAAACGAAAAUUAAAAAAAAUAUGGACGGAAUCGGAAAAAGAAUCACCCACCAGCAAUAAAAAUGAAGACAACAUAAAAAACUACAGCAAAAGUCGUGAAGAAACUAAUCGAUAAAAUUAACAUUCAAUGAAAGAAAACUAUAAGUAGAGCAAUGUUAAAUUAAUGUGCAAGUAUUCAAAAGAAAAACAGCACCACAAUUCAAAUGUGUAAAUGCGUUAAAUUCACUUUGUCGAGUAGUAAAACAAUAUUGCUUUUAAAUAAUAGUACAUGAUUAGAUUUAGAGAACAAAACAAUUUAUUUGUUAAUUUAAAAACCUUAUCGUAAGUGAUUUGUUUAAGUAAGCUUAGAAACGUCUUCAACAUCUUUUCAAUUUGCUUGUAAAAUUUUAAUAAAUUCCAUUGACUUUGAAGAAGCUUAGGACAUAAAAUAAUGACGAAACAAAAAUAUGUAUACCUUCAAAUGAACUAAAUAUACAAGUCUAAUAACUCAUUUUUGAUGUUAGUUAGGUGUUGAAACACGUUGAAUAUUUUAAUUAUGUAACUAUUACAUUUCUGUAUGCCUACAAAUAAAAUGACUCAAAAAUAA